ACAAUUUUUGCCUGACGACGCUGCUCUCUCGGGCAUUUCGCCGGAAACCGACGCCGCGCGAGGACUUUACCGCAUUCUCUAACUCACUCACCUCGAGGUUCUCUUUAAUUUUUUUUUUUUUUUUUCGUGUUUUUUCACGCAACCAUAUUACUACUACAACAUCAUAACACGUUUACGUUUUACGGCCACAACAUCAAGUUUUUCAAAAAAUAAAUAAAAAAGUAUUAUUGUGCUACAUUGUUGUUUCGGUUAUACCAAAUCAACGUUAACGCACAUAAUUAAUUAUUAAUUAAUUAGCUAAUAUAUAGUAUAUAUAUUUAAAAAAAAAAAAAAAAAUUAAACAAGAUGAGUACCAAGGAAAACAAUGAUGUUGCUAUUGAGAAAUCAACGGAAAACGAAAAGGCGUCUGGUGACGCAAAAUGCGAUCUCAAAGGAGGUAUCAAGAGGGCGGCUGAGGAAAAAAAUGAUGAUGUAAAAAAACAAAAAAAAGAAGAAAACGGUGGUGACAUUGAUGAGGAAGAACUUGAUGAUGAAGUUGAAGAUGAAGAAGAAGAUAUUGAUGGUGAAGAAGAUGAAGUUGAGCCUGAAGAUGAGGUUGAAGGUGAUGAAGAUAUUGAUGAAGCAGAAGAUGAAGAAGAUGAUGAUGUAGAAGAUGGAGUUGAUGAAGAUUAUGAGGACGCAUAAUAAAUAUAAUAAAGAAAAAAAAAAAACAAAUUUUUAAUUGUAAAAAUGUUUUUAAGUAAGUAAAAUUGGAGGAUUAUAAUGGCGUCGUCAUUUAUCAUCGACAAAAUGAAUUUAAAAAAAAUAAUAUUUUAACGUAAUUUAAAUAAAUAAUAUUUACAAACAGAAUGUUCAACUCAGUUGGAUAGAACUGAUUAAAUAAAAGAAUUUUUUUUUUUUUUUUUAUAAUUUUAAAUACCGCGCGUAAAUUGUAAAUUGUAAUAAUUUAAAAUAAACAAAAAACAAAUAUAAAUUGACGCCUUUAUGUUUAAUCAUAAAAUCCUCUCAAUUGCAAGAACAAAAAUGAAUAAAUAAAAAAAAUAAAAUUUUUUAAAUAAUACAGUUUUAAUAAUAAUAAAUAAAAAGUCUUCUAGAGUUGUGACGAGUUGACUUGAUAAAAUUUUACGUUGCAAAUAAUUGUCACGAUAAAAAAAAACUUGGCUCAUUGCAAUUCUAGUCUUCCUCGAUAUCACCAAAUGAUGUAAAGCUCUAAUUCAUCGUUAAUAAAAUAAUAUAAAAAUUUAAAAAAAUAAAUUAAAUAUAGUUUAUCAUCAUGGUAAUUGUAAAAUCAAAUUGUGAUUUUAUAAUUAUUAAUUGCGCACUUCCAACAAAAGCAUAUUGUAAUAAAUAUUAUUUUAAUGAUUUAUGAGCAAAUAGACCUUGUCAACGUGGUACUUGUCGCCAUCUGGCUUUUAUUCGCGAGACACAGUUUUGUAAUAAAACUAAAUAACAAAAAACAAACAAAAAAAAAAAAAUAAACUUAUUUAAGAAAAAAAAAAAUAUUUAAUUAUAGUGUAAAAUGAACACUUGUGUGAGGGUGAUGAUAAUUUUUUUUUUUUUUAUUAUAAAAUCAAAUUUAAUUUACGAAUGUCUGCGUGUGAAUUUUUUAUUUGUCAAAUUUCAAAAUCGAAAAGAAAAAAAGCUAUUAAAAUUCAAUGGAAAUUUUAAUUUUAUUAGUUUUUUUUUUUAAUCAAUAAAUUGUAUAACAGAGCUGCGAGUCUGGCAUUUACCAAUAUCGUUUUUUUUUUUUAAAUGAAAUUAUUAUUUAAGACAUUAUGGUAUAAGCGGUGCAUGAAAAAAUAAAUAAUAAUUGUACGUAAUAAUUUUAAAAUAAUUUCAAUCAUGGCUUCUUAAUUUUUGCGCCGCUCAAGUUGUUCAAUGUAUAGAAAAAAGAAAAAAAGUAAUAAUAAUCUUCGAAAAACCAAUAAAAAAAAUGGAAAUAGAUUUUUUUUUAAUUGUUUAAUACCCUGCAUUAUUAAUUUAAUUAUUAUUUAAUUAAAAAAAUGACAUUACAAUUGUGGGUAAAUUUAUUUGUGUGAAUGAUUAUUGUUUGACUUUAAACAUUGCAAAUAAAUUAUUAUGCACAAUGUGUGUAAAGUUAUAAACAAAUAUAAAAUUAUUAUUGUUUUUUUUUUUUAAUAAAAAAUAAUAUAAUGUAAACACAAGGAGGAUUUAUAAAUAACAAAAACAAAAACUCAUUAAAACAUUCAACAAAUCCAAAGAUAUUUUCAAAUUUUUUUUGUCUCUUUUUUUCAAAUUGUUUAUAAAAAAUAAACAGCUGAUUUUUAUUUAAAAUAAAUAAACAAUUUAAUUAAUUGUUUUAUUAAAUAGUUUAUUGUUUUUUUAUUUUUAUUUUAAUUAUCCAUCAUCCUCGAUUUAAAUUGAAAUUAACAAAAAUUAAUUGGUACUUUUUACACGUGUCUGCUUCAAAAUAGUACCUUGACAAUGAUAAAAAAAAAAAAAAAAAAAACAA